CACGUUUUUAUUAGAUAAGCACAACGCUUAUAAAUUGGGGGUUGCAUGCGACGCUGCUAAUAGUCGUGCGACAGUCGCGGUGACAACAUGAAUCGAAUCGCUAUUAUGUUCGCACUUUUGUGCGCCUUGUCGUCCACCCUUGCCUUCAAUUUUGAGGACUGCGGUUCGGAAAUAGGCAAGUUCGGCGACAUAACUAUCUCGAGUUGCACUCCGUCGAGUAAAAAAUGCAUUGUGAAUCGCGGUGACGAGGCACACAUGUCUGUCAAAUUUACACCAAAUAAGGACAUCUCGAACUUGGAAGUGCGCAUUUACACUAUGCUGCAAAACGUGCCGGUACCAUUUCCGCUGGAAAAGCCUAAUAUGUGCAAGGACAGUAACUCCGGAAUCAAGUGUCCUCUGAAGAAAGAUGAGGAAGUCGAGUACAAGACUACGCUCGUCGUCGACAAGGACGUUCCUGUGCUGAACGUCGACAUUAUGUUACAAUUUGUGAACGAGAACGACCACAAAGUGAUAUGCGUGAAAUUCCCGGCGAAGAUCAAGUAAGCGACUCGCAGUACUCCCGCAGCUCGAAUUAUGACGAAUAAUCGUAGUACUUCGGUAUCGAAACGGACACGUAACCGCGCAACUAUGAUUCGUAGAUGACAUAUUUCGUUAUUCACGUUUCUCCGCAACGUAUGUCGACGUAUUAGCUCAAUGCAAAUCCUAUCGAACUAUUUGUAAAUUGUGGAAUGAAUAAAUGACAAUGAUAGUUUCCUUGAUGGA